GUUGAACGGAGAAUGGAGCCGGAAGGAGGGGCCGCGCCCAGACUGAACAUACUCGAACACCUAGUCACGUUCAUUCAUUGUGUUUUUGCGGCCAGGUUUGGAUUAAAAUUGGGGGUAGACGCGCCUCGCCUACUCAUUCAAAUCAAACAAAGUCAUAGUUGGCGCUGCGCUCUUGUCACCCGGUAUCCUCGCUUUUGUGGCUGUUUUGGAGAGCGUGACAUCAGGGCCUAAUUCUGAAGAGGAGCAUCGAGUGUUGCAGUCAUGCAGUGGUUUGCUGGGGUGUUGUUGCUUGCUUAUGCAAGCAUCAGUGUGGCUGCACCAUACUUGGGUCGGACGAUUGGCGACCUGUCAUCCCGAGGUCAUGACGUCCAAGGGACUGUCAGAGCUGCAGAUGCUAAGACAAUUGUCAUCGAAAAUUUCCAUUUCGAUGGCACUCCACCAGAUUCAUUUGUCUGGAUUGGGAUGACAGCUCAACCUGAUGCAUCAGGUACCAUUGUCCCAACUGUCCCUGGAAGUGAAACUAAGCUGGGCGAAUACAGGGGAAGCAACCUGGUCGCCUAUUUACAAGGUCCCAUGACCAUAAAGGAUUACAAGUGGAUCUCAAUCUGGUGUCGAAUGGCUACUGCCAAUUUUGGUGAGGUCUUCAUUCCUGGCAAUUUUGCCAACCCUGCCCCCCACGACUUGGGUAAAUUGCCAAUGUUUGCUCAUGAUGUCGAGGCAGACAACGUGCGAAUCGUAGACGCCAGAACCCUCCAAUUUACAAACCUGUUUUAUGAUGGCAACGGACCAGAUGCAUAUUUCUGGGCUAACAGUGGACGAUCCCUAACAUCUCAGGGGACAAAGCUCAUUUGGAAGCCGGGCCUAACAAAUGCCGGACGAAAUCAGAGACUUGACAGGCCCUUUAACGGGGAAGACUUCACGGUCACCAUGCCACCAGGUAUGACCAUCUACGACUACCAGAGCUUUGGCUUGUGGUGUGUUGCCGCAAGACAGAAUUUUGGCAGUAUCAGCUUUGACCCGGCAACCAUCAAUGUCCCUGCUGUGUUGGAACCCCCACCGACCUUCCCAAAUUGUGAGGUUCUUGUGGACGACCAGUUCCAAGUGCAGUGGCGGGUGGACUUUGGCGAGGAGGACAGCAUCACAGUUGAGUUGGCUGGUCGCGUCACUGCCGGCAACUACCUUUCAUUUGGGCUGAGUGGGGCAUCCGACCGGACCCUAAUGGACGGCUCGGAUGUUGUAGUGGGUUGGAUGGACGAAAACAGCAUGAGCCCCAUGGUGGUGGAUUACAACUUGCAGUCCAAGGCACAGUGCUCAACUAAUGAUGGUCGAGGGGCAUGCCCAGAUGACCUCAACAAGGUGGGAGGAACAAAUGACGUCCAACUGAGAGACGUUCUGUUCGGCAAUGGAAUUACCAGAAUUUCCUACACGCGGCCCCUCAACACUAGUGAUCCCAUCGACCAAGUAAUUCCUACAGAUCGUCUGGUCUACAUCUCCUGGGCUAUUGGACCCAUCAACCAAGAUGGACGGGUUGCCAAGCACAUCAUGGCACCGACAGGUAACGUCCAGAUCAACUUUGGCAGCGGCUCAUCCACCUGCCCGGCCUUUAAGGAAUCUACCGGUGGGGGUAACAGGCUGCCACCAUGGCCCCCGACGACUCUCAGAGGUGCCACAAAGUUUAGAGUUGAGAUCGGGCAAUCUGGGGGAGAACGCGGCUACACGGGCAUAACAGGCAAGACAGGUUGGGGCAUUGCCUGGUACGUCAACGAUCUCCUCAUCCCAGAGAUCACCGUCGAGAGGGGCGUCCAGUACACCUUCGAGGUCUACGGUGGGGACAACAGCGAGGACUCGGCCAAAUAUCAUCCCUUUUACAUCACUGACGAUCCCGAGGGAGGUUACGCCCAGAAACUGGACGCACAGAAAGUGGGGGUGACUAUAUACGCAGGACCAGUCGAGGGCCCUUUCUGCAACUGGGGGGAGAACGAACGGGGAGUCAACGCAGAUGACUUUGACAGUUUUGAGGCUUACAAGACAAAACUGGAGCGCACAUGUGUAGAAACCAGCGCAAACAACAACACGUUCACUUGGACCCCAGAUGACAGCACACCGAACGUGGUUUACUACCAGUGCUACACUCACCGUUUCCUGGGGUGGAAGAUCAACGUCAAUUCCGCCAGUGGACUUCAGACAUCCUUGGCCCUCAUCUUGGCCAUGCUGGGCCUUGUUAAGUUUUUCUAGUUCACAGGAUUCAUUUGAACCAACGGUGACUGCUGAUAAAUUUACAUGAAUCAUGCAGAAGUGCAUUAGUGCCUCGGUUCAUUUUGUUUUAUACUAGUAACAUGGAAAUGUAGAAAACUCAGAGAAAUGUGGAAUGUCUCUUUGACAAGCAAUAACUGAAAUCGGGAAAAUUGUAGUAUAAAUCGUAGCGUGGUGAUUGUGACGUUAAUAGUUGUGGUCUGAGCGAGUUGGGCACCAUUUUUUAUUUUCCCACAGGUGUGUUGUUUUUCAACAGUCUUUUGAUUUUUUAUCUAGUACUUCUAGUGCAAAUGAGUUCGGGUUGGGCCCUUGAUG